AUGAAAGGAGUUGUUCCUUUGCUGCUAGCCAUGCACUGCCGACUGGUGCCCGGAAAACCCCUCCUGAGGAACAGGCGGAACCUCAUGUGCGACAACAUCAGCCCUUGCGGAGAAACAGUCUUCAAUCAAAUUAAGUGCCAAGUGACACGUCUCAAUUUGUCGGCCCCGGGUCUCUUCGAUGCCUAUCUGGAGAGCCAAGGCUCCCCCUUCAACAGAGCGGAGGUGAAAUCGCUUUGCGUCUCCAAAGACACUUUCCCCUCCUUUGACAACCGGACCAGGAAAGAGAUGCUGAUCUCGCUGUACAAGAUCUUCACCUUUUUCAACGCCUCCCUGGGCAACAUCACCAGAGACCAGGAGAACAACGAGAGGAAGGACCUGCUGGAACGGCUCAGCAACACCACCGCCAAGACGCGAGGCCUCCUAGCCAACCUCACCUGCCUGUUGUGCUCCGAGUACAAAGUCACUGAUGUGAAGGUUACCUACGGCUCGGAGGAAACGGGCGCGUUUGAGAAGAAGAAGCAGGGCUGCUGGGCCCUCAGGAUGUACGCAGAGACCAUCCCGCUCAUCGCUCAGGCCUUGGGGAAAUGCCACAGGCAGAGAUGA